CAAAUUACGCUGUCAUUUAUGUUGUACUGAGUAAGCUAACUGCAGGAAAAGCCUUCCUUAAUGAUAGCCGAGCACUGUGAUUCCUUGACAUCAUGGUUGAUCUCAACCAAGCACCUUAUUGAAUAACAGCAAACUAGUUCACAAUCACUGGUUUUCUCCUUGGCCCCUAAGACAAGACAUGUGUGGCUUUCCUGUUAGGGAGAGCUGAAGCACGGAAGGUCAGUAGCUAACAAAAAGAUGUAAAGCUAGAUUCUCAGUUAGAAGUACUUAGAGUUCAUCAGAAGUCCAGUCUGGAUGCAGGCCUCCUAUGUUCAAUCUAUAAGUAACAUUUGUGGUUACUAAAUAUAACAGUUAAAGUGAAAUGAAUCAGAUAUUUCAGCUCUUUUCUCUAGCUGAGACUUAUGGAAUUAAAUGAACCUUGUUGCAACUUUGCUGGGCAGAGCCCCAGGGAAAUGAAAAUGGAUAUGAUGCAGGAGCAUGCAGUGGAAAUGAGCACAGUGUAAGUUAUAUUCCAUAUUCAUGUUGAUACGGGCAAUAUCAGGAAUCUAAACUUACACAGUUUAUCUUUUGGAUACCUCAGGAACCUCUGUAGGGUUCCUGUCACCAGCUGCUAUUUCUAUUGCUCUGUUUUUGAUGUCAUCUCUGUCUUUCUGAGAACUUUUUUCAAGCAAAAUAUUGUCUUUGUCUUAAAAUAGAAGUAUUUUGUGGGCAGUGUUUUCCUCAAAAUUUAAAAUUAAAAAAAAAAAAAAAAAAGAGGAAUGUUUCCUCCAAAACAAACAGAAAUGUUUGUGUAGGUGUUGACAGUGUCACUCCAGGCUGGCUGGGUGGAGGGCACCCCUCUUGUAGUGUACAAAAGUUGCCUGGGUUAUGAUACGUAAAGUAUGAGGUAGCAAGCAUUUUGCAUCUUCUAUAACUUUGUAUCAUGACGGCAGAUUUUCCUAAUAAUGCACAUACAAAUGGUGCAGAUCAAACAGAAUUGGAAUUACUUCAUGUUAUGCACAACUUCUACAUAAUUCCUGCAAGAUUUACAGCAGAAAUUACAGCUGUAUGUCAGCUCUGUAGUGUGAACCACUAGAGGGCAAGAUGACCCCAGCAAAGAAAUAACGUUCUGGAAGAAAGCGCAACACAUUCAGGGAAUUCAAGGAAAGGCAUUUGUGCCCCUCCUUCAUUCCCUGUUGUUGCAGUUGCUUCUGCUGUGAACAUGGAUUUGGCAAGGACCACUUUGGGCUAUGCCUAAACUGGUCACCAAAACAUCCUCUCAGUCGUCUUUUCUGUAAGAACCAUUAAUGCCUUACACUACCCUAACACCAUAUCAGUGCUUCAUGUGGUGCAGAAAGGCUUUGAGAAAACAGGCAUCGAGAAGAGAGGGGCUGAAGAGCAUUUCUAGCACUUCAAUGCAGAGCAUCAAUGGAGUGCAUCUCAUGCUACAGACACCGUGGGAGAGUCUGAAUCAUAGCAUCUGCUCAAGUCCUGCUGGAAGACCAUGUAUUGUGUCUAGACAAGUGCACAUAACUAGCUGGAUGUUUCAUUUAAUGUUAAAUCUCGAAUGACAUUUGAGAAAUUACAUAUGCAUCAUGUUGCUAGUGGAUUCUUCUAGUAGAUUCUUCUAACACUUUGACUCCUUGCCAUCUCAGAAGGGUUUGGAUAGCAGUAACCAAACACUUGCAGUUAGACAAAUACUAGGUAGGCAUAUUUGUCCCAGAAGAGUGUGUAAACAUAGUUUUUUUAGAGGCAGCAGUUACAAUCUAUGUUGUAUGCUGAUGCUAUGGCUAUCAUUCCCAGGUCCCUCACUGAAAACAUGAAGAAUAAAAAGGACCGUUCUCUGGUCUGAGGAAGUCUGGAUUUAAAAAGUCCAGGGAUAAAUGUUCUUGUUAAGCACAGUUCAUUUGGAAUAGCAGAUUUCUGUCAAGCCCAGAUUGGUUGGUUUAAAAUGUCUUGUCUUAAAGCAUAAUUUCUGGCUCUAGUUCUUGGAGAACAAUCCCUUGUUGUUUCCAGGAUGCCCUGAAGCUUGUGUCCUGUGUGGCUGGGAACAGCACCUUCCUUAAAACGCCAGCCAUGGGCCCCAGCAAAAGAGCACUGCUGCAGCUGGCAGGAGCCAUCCAGUGGGCUGGCUAAUGUUGUCCCAGCCAGACUUUGAAAAUAAGGACAAGUAAGCUAUGCUUGAAACAGACAAGGGGGAACCUCAUAGAAGAGGAAGAAGACCUUUGUUUAUUAAAGGGAGUUAAAGCAAGACCGUUCUUGCCAGCACCCAAAAAUGCCUCUUACAGAAAUAUAGAGUUGAAGAGCUAAAGUUCAGAAAAUGAGUUUUAAAGGCAUAGGCUGAUAAGCAAGGUGGUUGUGUUAUACAAAAGAGUGUGUAAGAGUCAUAGUGGAAGGACCUAGAGCUGUGGCUUCCUUGGGAAAAAUGUAGGACAGAGGGAAGUCCAAGCCAGCUGUUUUGGGCAACCAUGGUUUCAAUCUCCCCGUAGGAAAGUCCCCAUAAUAUACCUGCUUAGUGCUGAAAAGCUACGCUGAUUGCAGAACUUGGGAAGGCCUUUGUCCAUGGCCACUCUGCCAAUGCUCUUGAAAUAGCUAUUAAAUAUUAUUAGCUAAUAUACAUACAAUUUAUUUGUGUUUUUUUUUCUAUUUUGGCAAUCCAAAACAAAUAGUUGUUACUGGAAAACUUUAUGCUAGUCUUCCUGUAAUACAAGACAAAAUCCUGAUUGUGUCAAACAUGUACUAAGUAGCCCAGGAUGAUGGAGUACUCUGAAUGUCAAGUCUGGUAAAACCUUCAGUCAGUGAGUUCAAGGUCAGCCUAAAACUUUACCACUUCACAUUAUUUGGUUCUUCCUUCUCUCUCUCUCUUUUUUUAUCUGUGUCAACUUGAGAAAGGAACUACAGGCUGCUAGAGGAAAGUUCCUUCAUGUUUUAUAAAAUAUUGUCUUCUAAUUUUUAGACAAAACUGUCUUAGCUUCACCUGAUUCAUGAGCAGUUUCAGCUUACCUAGAGCUGAGUUUCUAACAAAUUUAAUUACUUUUUUUUUUGCCUGUCUCUAUUCUUGUUUACAAAUCGUGAAAAUUUGGAAAAUGUCACAUCUCUCUCUUUCAUAAUCGCCAAGGCAUAAUGAGGUUUUUUCUACCUUUUAUGAAUUAAAUAUUUUUGAAUGCAUUAAAUACUUCAAAAUAUUUUUAAGUGCAAACACACAUUUGUUAAUACUGGAAAGCAGCUUGAUGUUCAGGCUGUGGAUUUUGGCUCCAGCUACUCUCUUUAUCCAGAUCAUUGCAGUCUGUACAUUUCUGGAAUAUUCUCAACCAUGCAACUGUAUUAGAAAAGCACUGACAAACAUGUGGAGAGGUGAUGAAGUAAGGAGAAACUGAACUUGGUGAAGUAUGAUGACUCCUGUUCAAAAGGAUUGCUGUGUGUGUGUUUUCCAGGAUGCUAUAAGAUUGUAAAUCACACUUUUUAAAGUGAUUUCCUUUUUGUUUGCAAAUGACACAGCUAUCUCAAACCAUUUUGGGUGAUACAUUCCGUGUCCUCUCUAGUGAUUUCUUCCUUUCUUCUUUACCCUUGUAGGAGUUAGGCAGAAAAUAAGCAGUCCUUGACUUCUUUAGUGGUCAGAAAUAUUACUUGAAAUAUAUUCUUCUAUUGUGCCUGUAGACAUGUUUUUAGAUUAGAAGGAAAAUGGAGCUGUAAUGAAGCGAAUUUAAUGUAACCUACAGCUCAGAUUGGUAGGCAGCUUUUUUUUGACUAGUUUUUCAUCCAUCAUUCCAAUUUUAUUUUUUGCCUUCAACUUUCAGAGGUCUACUUCUGUGAAAAGGUGAUUGAAUACCAAAAGGUGCUAUAGGACAGAAUAAAAUUAGUUUUGAACUAGAGAGAUCUGCCUGUAGAACACCGGAUAUUCAGCCUUUGGUCUUGUAGUUAGAAGCAACAGGCAACCAGCAUGACGAUAAAUUAAAUCAGACACCAUCCUCUUUAUAGCCUGCACUCUCAUUAGAUCAGAGGUUCAUUUCUCCCAGUAGCUAUAUAAUUUGUCUGUAAUUGCAUCAAACCAUUUUCAUUCAAUAUUAUUUCUAGAAGUGUUCCUAACAAGGUGUAACACAUACUUAGUGAAAACUGCUUUCUCCCCUCAUAUAAGGAUUUUUGUCAGACAGUCAUGCAAGUACUAAACUGAAUGAAAUUACUGUUGCAUCACAACAGCGCUAGAGAGACUGAACAAGUUCUGUGUGUAACUUUUGUGCUUGGGAUUUAUUGUAUAUUUCAUCACUGAAGAUUAUGCAAUGUCUAAAUCCCCUGUUUUGGCCCUGUUCAUAUGUUCCUUUGAACUGGUGCCUUCUCCUGCCCUUUGCUCUGCUUUAAGCAAUUGGAAAUUACAGAAGGGAGUUUCCUGUUUAGUUCUCUUUUUCCUGGUUGAUCAGCUGUGUUGCUAUAAUUAUUUAUUUUCAGCAAUCUAUCCAAGGACAGUAACAUAUAAUAAAAUAUCUCUUUGUGUAGACAGCUAAAAAUGGAAGUUUUGAUGAUUUACCAGUCAAUUAAAAAUUGUCAAUAUAAUUCUUACGUCAGACAGCAGGUAAAGAUAUAGGCAGUGUCUAACAUUACUGUAGGUAAAAGAUUUUUUAAAAAAUUCUAUUUGCUAUUUGCAAAUUUUUCUAUUUGCUAAUUUCUAUUUGCUAAGCCCAUAUGGAAAUGACUAUAAGCUGUAGCAUAUUAACUAGUGAUUAUAAAAUCCCUUUUCUGUGUUAAUAUUAAUGGUAGUUAAUGGAAAUCAAUGGUAUGCUUUAAGCCUUGGACUUGUAUGACCUCUGGAAUCUCAUAGCAGAACCACUUAGUCAAACAGGUUACCAGUGUGGGCCCACAUUUUCAGAACAUUUCAAGCUGUUUUUCAAAUCAUGUGCAGUUCUAAAUUCCCCAACUGUAUACAGAUUCCUAUGUGGAAGACUUUGCAUGAAAACAUGCAUAGUCUCAUUUACAGAGCUUCACGUGUACUUGGGGAAAUCAGGUCUGUUUCUGUGCUGUUCCACUGCUCUGUGAUGGGGGAGUGACGGGGCAUGAUUGUCCCCCAGAAAUAGUGCCCCUUUUUCCACUGGUUCAGGGAUGUUUAUCAAGGUAUAAUUCUUAAGUUCCUUCAGAAUUUCAGAGCAUGGUGUUGUGGGUAAAAGCCCUUUGGGAUAAAAGAGGAAGCACAUCAUGUGGAGACAACAGUCUCAUGAUGUGGGAAAGAGGGGACAUGGAGGCUGUGGCUUUGCAACCAGAGCCUGAGAGCCGUCUCCCCAGAUUUUGUGUUUUAAUAUCCUCAAACUGCUCAGAACUACUGUUUUUUCCAGUAAGAAAACAGAAAAGAUAGGCUCUGUUCCCCUGGUGUUUCUGCUCCUUUUACAGCUCUAACUGAACUGCUCUGCAGCAUCAGCAUCUGGUCUGCCUUCACAUCACCUUUUAAAAGACAUAGAGUAGGAAUGUGGCCUGCUUCCCCAACUUUCUUUCUGGCCCCUGGAACAAAAGAAAAGGAAUUUUAAGAAGGUUUAAGAUUUUUAAGGUCGAAAACUUUGUGGAUCUAUGCUUUGGCAUUUUGUCCUACUGUGAGCAUAUAAGCAGGGAGAGAGAGCAGGGUUUGUGAGGAUCUAAGGAGGGAAAAUUGGAGGGGGGAAGCCAAAAAACUUGUAACAAAAGAAACGUGAGGAAGAAACAAGUUAGGAAACAGAAAGAAGAAAAGGACUGUUAGUCCUAACAGAAAUGUCAGGAGGUAAAAUAAUAAUAAUAAUAAUAAUAAUAAUAAUAAUAAUAACAACGUGGGCUUGAUUAUGUCUUGGGGAGGAACUCAAAAGAUCAUGCUCAGGGCAGGGUUGUGUCCAGUUAAGUUUUAAGGUAUUCAAACUGAGCUUUCACAUCCCCUCCUGAACAGCCUGCCCCAGUGCUUCAUCCCCAUCACUGGGAAGAUGUUUUUUCCACUGUCUGAUACAAAUUUCCCUUCUCACAGCUUGUGGCUGAUGCCACUUGUUCUCAGUGCUGUGCCUCUCCAAAGUGACUUUUGGGCACAGCCCUGCCCAUGCAGCCCUGUGGGCAGCUGCGGCCUCCCCCAACAUGGUGGUGCCUCACUGAGGCAGCAGGGUGUGGGAUGCGCACAGGGAGCACUGCUGGCCUGCACUCAGCAUGCAGUCCUUUGCUGUAGGGCUGUCUGUGCAGCCCUCCAAACCGCAUCAGUGUUGGGACAUUAAACGCACUGGUCUUGGUCCAGUGCUGGCCACCCACAUCUAGCUGUCCAGCAGACCUUCAGUGGCUGAUCACUGCCUCAGAGCUUGAGAGUCUGGUUUUACAACAGUGUUUCCAUUUUUUUGGGACAUGUAAAACUUACCAGUUUUUUUUUCCUCUCUCUUCUCUCUCUCUUUUUUUCUUUUUCUUCCCAUGAAUGUGUUGUAAAUGUGAAGACAGAUAAGAUAUGGUUAUGAGCUAGGUAAGUCAGGACCUGCCAGGCAACUUUCUUCAGCCAUUUGCAUUGCAACUUUUGUUGAUUUUUAACUAAAAUGUGCAAAUAAAUUGAGAGUACUUUGUACAAACUAAGUACUAAAAAAGAAACAUUUUCUUCUUAAUCUGAGGCCCUUAUGAUGACUUUUGUUUUACAUCUUAAUCUAAUUUCUCAUAUCAAAUGAGCUUUGAGGUAAAAGGAGUACACACAUGACACAGCAGCCAUCUGUGACACUAGGCACAGCACCAGCAAAGAGCUCUGAUAGGAACCGGAGGUGGGAUGGAAACUGCCCAAGGGCAGGGGUAUGGGAUGAGCACUACCUGGGUUACAUCACUGCUGCAGUAUCCAAACUGUUUGUAUUUAAUUAGGAGUAGGUGGGGGAGGGGGGUCAAAGCUCUGGUGUGAGAACUCUGACGAAUGGAUCUCCUUUUCAGAAAAAAAGUUUUACAAGUAAUUUUUUUUAGCUUAUUGCUUGCUUAGUGCUUUUGAUGGUCAUGAACAAUCUUAGAAAAUUCUCUUUCCAAAAUGGCUGGAGGCUUUCCUAGUUUUGAUGCUAGAGUGAAAUAGGAGGGAGGAAUGAGGCUUGAUAAUCCAAUGCCUAAUUUUCAUAUCUUAUUGACAGAUACUGGAUGGUAUGACUUCCUGCUUAAAAAAAAAAAAAUACAGGCUGUCACUGGACAACCAUUUGAAAAAAAAAGUGGGGAUGAUAAAGAAUCCUUCAUUGCCAACUUGACACUUCUUAGUAUCUGUUAGUUUAGAAAUAAAUUAUUCAUGCUUAACUGUUACAUUUAUGGAAAGCAAAAACUGUCAACCUAGAGUUCUGUCAUUUCAGUUGUUAACAUUCUGGUUAGGUAUCUCGUUGCGUUGGCUAGUGCUGACAGCUAGUGCAUAGAACAGUUCAGGAAGCAUGCUGAGAGCAUUGUGCUUUUAGAAUGCCCUGUAAACAAAUAUUUGAUACGAUACAAAAAGUAGUUUUUAUAUAGAAAUAUGGGAUUUUUAUUGCCUUUUAUUUUCCUGUCCCUUGACCACUGGCAGUGGCACUGAGCACAAGCAUUCCUAACUUAUGAUGUGAGACCUCGUGUGUGCUGCAAGGCAUGCACCAUAGCUGUAUGAGCUUCCCUGAAUUCUGGCCAUUAUAUAAGUAAAUGGAUUUAUCUGAAUAUAAAUCUCUUCUAGAGUUGAAUUUUAUCUUUAAAAUUUAACAUUUCUAGUAAGGAAUAACAGGAGUGUACACUUUGUGAGUGGUGCUGACAGUCUAUGAAGAAUAGGGGGUAUGCAAUUCUGAACAGACUAUGACUGUGUCCAUGAGUUCUAACUUAGGAGAAGCUAAUUAAAGCUCAAGUUACUCUGUAACUACCUGGAGCUGGCAGCGGCUCCUAUGUACCCCAUCUGACCAGGAUGUGGCCUGCAGCCAUCACAUUCCUUUCACAUGGGUUACUAAAUGGCACUGGAAACAGUGCAAUCUCCAGUUGCAGCUCAGAGUGUACUUGCCUCUCUGCAUGGGUUUUUCCCCAGUCCAUGCAAGGCACUUUAAAGUUUGUGUGUGCUUUGGCUGAAUGUUCAGGAGUAAUCAAUACUGGAGUGCAGUUUGACCUGGGUAGGCAAGAAGACACAACUGUGACUUAUGAAACAGUGUUGAUGUGUUCAGAAGAGUACUGACUCCAUUUCCAGUGGAAUAGUUCAGAUGUGUAACAAAUGGGGAGAAAGUGAUGACAGUGAGUAUCUGGUACAAGAAACUCUAAACAAAUCCAUUUCUAUGCAUACACAGUAGAUCCCAAGAAGUUCUGCACUCUGGAGCUCAGAAAGCAGUCAUCUGGAAAGUCUGAUGAUACUGUGUUGGCCAGCCAGUAAAUAUUAAUUUAGUCCUUUGUCAUCAUUAAGGAUAGUUACUCAUCUGCUAAGAGUAUACCAUACUGAAAUGAACCCAUCUGAACUAGGCCCACCUCCCUCUGCCCCCAGGUUGGGUUUAUUAAACUAGAGCAUAGAAAAGACACAUCUUUUCUAAGUAAUAUUUGGUUACCUACAUUUGACUUUCUUCAUCUCACAACCCACACUCCUACCCCUAAAAAUACAUGUUUCACCCACAGAACCAUUACCUCACAACCUUUUAUUUCCUCCUCUUUUGGGUUGAAUCUUAUAACCUACUUUAAAAAAAAAAAAAAAGUCCCUAGCAUGCCGCUAUCUCUGGUUAUAGAAUCAGGAAGGAGUGCUCAGGUUGUAUUGGGCAUGAUGGAAUUUGCCGUGGGGAAACCCAGUGAUGAUAGUGGAACCCGCCCGCGUGUGAAUUCCCAUGGGUCUGGCAGCUGCUUUAUAAGCAGGUGGAGAAGAGUUGAGGCUGGCAGUACAGGCAGGCAGUGAACGAAUACUCACUGGAGCACAGCUGCUGCUUGGAAUGAAAAUGUCUGGCUUCGGCACCAAGAACUUGAUUCUGGCUUCUCUGCUGGGGCUCCUGUUGCUGCUGCUGUGCAGUACCUCCCAGGCACAAAGCAACCAAGAUUGCUGUCUGUCUUACACCAAAGCCCGUCUGCCUCGGAAGGUCAUUAAGGGCUUUACUGAACAGCUCUCCAGCGAAGUCUGCGAUAUUGAUGCAAUCAUUUUCCACACCAACAGGGGACUGAAAGCCUGCGUAAAUCCUAAGGAAGACUGGGUGAAGAAGCAUCUUCUUUUCCUGAGCCAGAAGCUCAAGAAGAUGUCAAUGUGAUAUGGCUCCAGCAGGGAACUAAACGCAGACGUGGCUGAAGAACCACCUGGUUCAACCUCUUGGUUGAGGUUGUCGUGUUGUACACUGUUGUGUGCUUACUCACCACUAUCUCUGGCUUCUUUGGAACCGUUGAACUUCUAGAGUUGAUUCAUAUUGCAUCACUGUUUUGCUUGAAUUAAGCAUUUUGUUGAAGUUUCUAUGUUUACUAACAUGACAUGAGUACUAUUUAGUAAAGACUACAUUAAGCUAUUGUACAGAACAUGAAUUGUAUAAGGCUUAUUGUGUAGUAUUAUUGUGUUGCUCCGCAUUUGUAAAUCUUUGUAUAGGUUAUUUAUUCUGUUUAUUUUGUUACUUCUUGGCACUUUCUUGUGCCAAAAUUUUCCUUUUAACUGUAGUUAUUAUAAUUUUUAGGCCAUUGUUUAAAAAACUGCUUGUGGGAAAAAAUGAAAACUGGAGUUAAAAAUAAAUAUUAAAAACUGCA